CCACGUCUCUCACGAUUCCGUUAGACUAGAAAGCACCGUGAGCCCAAUUUAUUCAUUGUUGGAUCUAACCUGGGGGUUGUAUAAAACUCUGGGUUUGGAAGGGGAAGAGAGAGAGCAUUUGUUUCGUUUUACUAAAGAAGAAGAGAAGCAGCUUUCUGUAGUAUUGGUUGGCUCUUCUUCACAGUUUUCAGAGCCAAAUCUCUUGCAAUUCUCCUCUCUUUCUCGCUAACCAAACAUGGGAUUUUGAAUGAGAUUGGAGAGAACUGGAUAAAUGUUGAGGAUCUGUAACUCCUAAGAAGACAGAUUUAUAGGCACAUAUAUAGUGAUUUGAAAGUGUUUUUUUCACAAGGAAGGAGUUGCACGCUGGAUUCUGAUUUUGAAGAUUGGCUUCGGUUGAUUGAGUUUUAUAGAGAGAAGGCACAUUGGGAAAGAUACAAGAAGUUUCAGAGCGGAUUUGGAGGAUUUCCUGACAGAGUGUACUGUUAGAGGAUACAAUUUAAAUCAGAUUUUUUGAUAUACAGAGAUUGGAAUCUGACAUGAAAAGACCUUUGAAAUGUCAUAAGAGUCGUUUCGUCAAAAUCUGAAUGAUAUCUGUAUGAGAAUCCGGGUUUUGAUUUUGCAGUUUAACUCUCAAGAUUGACAGUUUCCUAAAUUGCAAUUUACUUUGCGACUCUCCCUCUCCCCUGUUAUAAAAUAAAGCAGCAACUGAGUUCUCUGCUUUUGCUCUCCCGCAGUCUACAGUGUUCCAAGAACGAUCAUUUUCUGCGGUAUUCAACUCGAUUGAGAAUCAAUUCAACAAAUUUGAAGGUACCGGGUGUAGAAGAGUAAAUGGAAAAGGACUCGUUGAGGAGCACCAAUAAUGGUAGCAUGAGCAACACCACCACCACCAACAACAGUGCCCAGAGAACCAGCUUAGAUCCCAAUGGGCAAACGACGUCGUCUGAUCUUGUCUUGCAGUGGGGGAACCGGAAGCGGCUCAGGUACAUGAAAGUCCAAGUCAAGGACGUUUCGACCACCCCGGUUCAUAAGACAACAGUUCGUGUGGACCGUCGGGUUGUUAGAGCUGAUAAUAAAGAUAAAGACAGUGCUUGGUAUCACCCGAGCAGCACAAAUAUAAUAAUAGCAAUCACAGCAACGGAUAUUCUAAUCUCCGUCAACGUCUGUCUCCGCCUCCUCCGCUGCCCCCUCAGCGGAUUUUAAGGUGGCGCAUGUGAAUGGCUCAGAAGGGCAAGAAAGCGCCUUCUUUGUAGCCGUUCGCUCAUGGAAUUCGGAGAAUUCAAGUGCCAUGAGAGGAGGCCAGAAUAACGGUGGUGGUCUGGGUAGGAUUGCUUCACCAGACAAGGGUGCGCACGAUAAGAGAAGUAACAACCAUACCCGCCACCACCACCACAAUAGCAGCAACAACCAUGAGAAUCAUAACAAUAACAAAUCAGCGGCAUCUUCGGAUACCAAGAAAGGAGAAGCGUCAUCUUCUGAAGCACCACCACCAGUUUGGCCACCAAAGUUUGUUAUUGCUUUAACUAAUAAAGAGAAAGAAGAAGAUUUCUUUCUCUUUAAAGGGUCCAAGUUGCCUCAAAGACCCAAAAAGAGAGCCAAAUUCAUUCAGCGCACCCUCAAUCUUGUGAGUCCCGGAGCAUGGCUAUGUGAUUUGACACUAGAACGUUAUGAAGUCAGAGAGAAGAAGAUCACCAAGAAGAGGCCAAGAGGGUUGAAGGCCAUGGGAAAUAUAGACUCUGACUCUGAGUAGAAGAAAGAAAACUCUGGACGAGUCACAAAUUAACCUUCGUAGCCUUCUCUAGGAGGAAGAUAGACAACAAAUCAUCGUUGGAAAUUGUUUUUUUUUUUUUUAGGAUGUAAGAAAGAUGUCCGUAGUGCCUUACCGUGUAAAUCGCCACCUUUCACCUCCUGCAAGAAUGAAAAGUAGAAAUUUUCAGUUAUAUUU